CCAAACGCAGCCCUCGUCCGGGAUGACAUCAUCACAUGAUUUCAUGUAUUCGGUCUGUUUUGUUUAUGCAAACAUUGUUGCAAUACAUUAUUUCUAGCAACUUAAAAGCACAACUAACAACAGAUUUUGAUUUGGCCUUUGAACGGUCACGGACUCCAAAGUUCCGUAUAAAAUGACGUCACUCAAAAGCUGCACUCGAACUGGCCCUGCCGACGUGGCUGAGCGGAAGGAGCGAGCAGAUCUGUCAGUGAAACGGAUCAGCAUGUCUACCCUUAAGGACACCAACUGCCCCGUGGACACCCCCCCAGACCUCACUGAGCCAGACCCGAGCACCCCCCUGCCCCCCACACCUCUCCUCCAGUCCUCCUUGGUCCCUGAGAGUCCCGAAGGCCCUGCUCCCCUGCCCCCCACACCUUUCUCACAGCCCUCAUUGGUACCUGCUUUAGAGGGCACUGGUUGUAACGACGCAUCAGCCAAAGAGGACAUCAUCAGGGACAACAGCCAUGGAGUUGCAGCUGAGCAACCAGAGCACAGUGUUGAAGGUCAGGUGACUGAGUGUGACCAAUCGGUGAAUCUGGAAUUAGAUGCUGUGGCCCCUGAAGAGGAAGCAGGGGUAGGGUUGCCUGUCGUCCAGGACAAAGAGAAAGUUUGGGGUGGAUGGGGCUCAUGGGGGAAGUUGCUGCUGACCAGUGCCUCCUCCACCAUGGGACAAGGCUUGACCUCGGUGAGGGAGAAAGCAGGAGGGGCUCUGCGACUCCACAGGACUUCAGUUGGUGAGGAGGCACGAGAGGAGGUAGAGGAGAGGAAGGGGGGAAGAGAGGAGGAGAGCGAGGGGGGAGGAGGAGAGCGUGAAGGGGGUUCUGCUUCAUCAGCCCUUUCUACUGAAGCACCAAGCAGAGGAGUUCUAUCCACCAUCACCUAUGCAGUGCAAAACACUGGGAGGUCAGUGAUUAGUGGGGGUCUGGAUGCGUUGGAGUUCAUAGGAAAAAAGACCAUGAUAGUUCUGGCAGAGAGUGACCCUGGAUUCAGGAACACCAAGAUCUUGAUGCAGAGGACUGUGUCCCUCAGCCAGAUGCUGAAGGAAGCCAAAGAUAAGGAGAGGGCACGGCUUAGCAGUCAGCCAAUCAACGAGCCCACAGCCCACUACGGAAUCCUGUUUGAUGACUACCAGGGCCUAUCACACCUUGAGGCCCUUGAGAUUCUGUCCAAUGAGAGUGAGGCACAGGUGCAGGCGUUUCUCUCUUCCUUGACCGAGGAGGAGCAGGAGGAGGUGAAGAAGGAGCUGAUUGCCAUCAAGGACAUCUUCGUCAACCGAGAGGAAGAGGAGGAUGUGGACCAGAAAGAGGAGAAGGACAUGGAGAGGAGGGAUGGAGAGACAAAAGACAACGCUGCUGAUGGGGAGGAGUUUGUGAGCAUUCUAACGGAGCUUCUGUUUGAGCUUCACGUGGCUGCCACCCCUGACAAACUUAACAAGGCUCGAAUGAGAGCACGUGAUUGGCUUAGAGAGGUGGAAGUGGCAGUAUCCAUGGAGACCAUCAGCAACUCCUCCACAGAGGAAAUGAAAGAAAGAGAAAACACAGAAGGGGAGAAGGAGGAGGAGAUCAAAGAGAACAAGACCAGAUCUGUAGAGGCUGUGUACCUGUCGUCAGUUGGUAGUCUGGCUGAGGUGACUGCCCGCAGUAUUGAGCAACUCCACAAGGUGGCAGAGUUGAUCCUCCAUGGCCAGGACCUGGAGAAGUCAGCCAGGGAGCAGGCCCACAUUCUUACCAGAUUGACUUGUGCCAUGUGUAGGGAGGUGGCCUGUCUCGCUAAGAAGUUCUCUGGCAUAUUGCUCACUGUGGGGGGUCAAAAGAAGGCUGAGGAGUUGAGUCCAUUGGUAGACAAUGUGAUGCUUGAGGGUUCUAACAGCACCACCUACAUCCUAAACGCCUUCCAGUUGCUGCUGCCAGUUCUCCAGGUGUCCCAUCUCCAGACCGAGAUCUCUAGAACCAAGUAGCGCACAGGCAUCCACAACAUGGAACCCUGUGGAAAGCCACAACACUAACGCUGCCUUAACAGUCACUCACACACAGACCAUACAUUACCACAGACAUACACACACUAGACCUCACCACACAAACACUGCUUACUGCUGAAGUGCCAUUAGCACAUGCUUGUCUUAGUGUACAGAAACAUAUAUAUAUAUAGAGCAGAUGAAGUAUAUAUUGUAGAAGUAUAGUGGGAGACUGAAGAGAAUUAUAUAUUCUUGAAUAUGGUAACCCAGACUGAUCAUCUGUAAAAUAAAAUGUCAAUUCUGGGUAAUAGUAAGGUUAUUAAUGCCAGUGCUAAAAUUCAAAUUUUAAUUAUUAAUCACACCAAAUUAUUUUGUUUAAUUUUUGUUUGUUUAUAUUAAAAGUGUAGUUUGCAGCGGAAUAAUGAUGACAGUCAGACCAACUGUAAACACACAUAUGAAUGUCUCUGCAUAUGAUUGGUUGCACUAAACCAGGCCUCUGUGAUUGGAUACCUGUGUUCUGAGAGAAAGUAGCUGUGACAUGCAGGUCUGAUUGGGUAUCUGUUUACUGAAAGGUAGUGACUCUGACACAAUUUUUUAUUUGUAUUUUUCUGUCAAAAUGUGCUUUACAUGAGCACAAUGUUUCUAGCAUUGCAUGUUUCUGAUGUUGUUUUUAAAACCAUUCAAUUGAUUCUGAAAUACCUUGCACCAAAUAAAGAUGUUAAGUUGUAACUAUUAACUUAAUCAGUCUUGGAAGCCAGUAUAGGUCAUUUAUACAAUUCGUCCUAAUCUGAGGUUGAGGUAAACUGUGACAGAGACUGAA